CUCCCCUACCCACCCAGCAUCUACUCUACAUCUCCCUCCCUACCUUAAUUCUAAAUACUCAACCCCCAAACAACCCCCAAGAUAAAUAAAAGAGAAGGGGAAAAAAUGGUAUCCCCAACCCCCAAACAAAGAGUGGUCAGAGAUCCGCACCUCCAACCAUCACCACCACACCAACCCCAAGCACACCAAGGGCAGCGACCAACCACAACCCCCCGAGCAAUUGGCGGAGCAGGUGGUGCUGCUCGACCCGGAGUGAAAGAUAUUCGCCAAACAAAAGAAUAUAAAAUUGCUGCGAGGAGAUGGUUAUCCACGAUGGUGGCAUUACCGAUUCUGAUGUAUACGUCUUGGAGUUUGUGGGAGAGGACGUAUGGGGAGAAGAGUCCUAGGCGGUUGCCUACUUCUACUUCUACUUCUAGUAGUCCUGUUUCUUCUAGUGGUGGUAGUGGUAGUGCUACGGAGAAGGAAGGGGAGAAAUGAGUAAGUACUAGGGUGUUGGGGGGAUGCUGGGUGAGCUUGAGUGUGGAUUGGGUGUUGGGGUUGGGGUUGGUGUAUGUAUGUAUUACUAUGGGUUAUGAAAUGUAUUUUUAUUUCUAUACUUUGCAGUUACAUUGAGGUUGAUUUGGUUAUAGUUCUG